ACACCCCAGACCCGAAAAUCCUCUCUCUUUUCCAGCAGACCCCAAUCCUCUCCCCAGAUUGAUUUUUUUUUCUUUCUUCUCAACAGCCGCACCUAUCCCCUUUUCUCUCUAAACCAACCACCCAUAUUCAUCUCUUCCUCUAGCACCGAACCACCCACCUCCAACCCAUUUUCUAUAUUUUUUUCACUAUUCCACCACAAAGCUUCAUCAAUUCCACAAGAUUCAAAGGGGAGCCCAAGCAUCAAGAGCUUCAUAAACAUCAAAUUUGGGUAUAUGAGUGACACUGUACUACCUAUCAAUUUGAGAAGUGGUUGUGUUUUGCAAAGACUACCUAGAGGAAGACCAACAAGGAGAGUUAGGAGACCAAGACAUCGCUCACAAGCACCUUCUAGGUCUCCUAUUCGAGUAGUAGAUAUGGCCAACGAGCAUCAAGUACUACAAGAUGAGGAAGAGAUUCCAUUGAGCCAUUAUUCAUGUCCUAGUAUUGUGAAUGCUCCAUCUUGCAUUGUGCUUCCUCCGGCAAAUGCCAACUUUGAGAUCAAGCCUAACAUGUUGUCUAUUCUACCUACUUUCCAUGGCAUGACUAGUGGGAGGCCAUAUGAUCAUAUAAUUGAGUUUGAUGCCAUAUGUUCCACUAUGCACUUGGGAGGAUUAACCUUGGAGGGUUUGAAGCUUCGAUUAUUCCCAUUUUCUUUAAAAGAUCAAGCACGCACAUGGUUUCAUAGGCUCAAGCCAAGAUCCAUUCUCUCUUGGGCCGAUAUGCAAAGAGUCUUCUUGAAUACUUAUUAUCCACAUCAUCGGACUACUUAUAUGCGGGAUAGCUUGACCAAGUUCUUUCAAGAGGAUAAUAAGACUUUUUAUGAUGCAUGGGAGCGCUUCAAGGAUAUUGAGUUGGGUUGCCCUCAUCAUGGACUCACCAAGUGGUUUCUUUGCGAAUCUUUCUACAAUGGGUUGAUUAUUGAUGAUAGAAGGAGAUUGGACAAUGCAUCGGGUGGAAAUUUUCUUAAGAAAGGUCCUAAUGCCGCUUGGGAUAUUUGUGAGGAAGUGGCUACCCAAUCCGGUCAAUGGGAUAAUCAUCAGAGGAGAAGAGGAGGUAGAGAUGACCACAAUACUUCUAGAGGUCGUGAUUCACAUGCAUAUGGUACUAGAGGUCGUGAUGAUCUUAUGGAGUCUAGAGGCCGAGUUGAUAUGGAGCCUCGUGGUAGAGGUUUAUAUGAUGUUUCUCAUGUUUCUAGAGAUGAUGGAGCUAUGAGUUCUAAGCUUGAGAGGCUUGAAGCAAAGAUUGACAAGAAAUUUGAGAUGCUUCUUCAAGCACAAAAGGGUAGUGAAUUUGUUGAGGAGCAAGUUAGAGCUAUUAAUUCAUAUCAAAGGCCACCGAGAAAUUAUCCUUAUUCUACUACAUAUAAUCUGGGUUGGCGUAACCACCCAAAUUUCUCAUGGAAGGAUGAUGGAGGGUCCUCUAAUGCACACCAAGGUGGUUCUCAUUCAUAUGGAGGGAAUCAAGGCCUUAAUUCUUCAUCUUUUGGUCCUCACGGUCAUGGAAACACACAAUUUGGUGGACAAAAUUAUUAUGGGCAGCAAGCAUCUAGUCACAAUUCUCAAGGCCAAGGGCCAACUUUUGGUGCUACACAUGCUUAUGGAGGAGCCCCACAUGAUACUCAAGGGUUUGGUCAAAGUUCCCAUUCAUUUGGAGGUGCCAAUCCUACACAAAAUGCUCCUCCCGAAUUUCAAAAUAGGCAAGCACCACAACCGGAACCAAAGAAGUCUCAUAUGGAUGAUAUAUUGGCCACCCUAGCUCAAAGUCAUACUUCUCUUACACAAAGCCAAGCAAAGACCGAUCAAACUCUUAGUAUUCUCACUCAAGGUCAAAGUUCACUUGCACAAUGUGUGGGAAAGUUGGAGGUUCAAUUGGGUCAAAUGGAAAAAGAGCUUGAAGCACGUCCACAAGGAGCCCUACCUUCACAACCGGAGCCAAACCCAAGAGGAAAAGUCCAUGAAUGCAAUGCCAUCACCACUCUACGUUCGGGAAAGGUAUAUAACAAUCAUGUUUACAUGCCCUCAUCGUCUAGUUUACAUUCAAAUCCUUUAUUUGUGCAUGAUGAUGAUUUGCACUCAUAUGGGGCCAAGAGAGAAGAAAAUGUACCUCUUGGCCAUGUUGUUGAUGAUCCAUUGCAUACACAUCAUGAUUCUUUUUAUUAUAAGGAGGAUGGGACCGGAAGGGAAGAAAAUGUACCUUCCGGUAAAUAUGGAGUGGGUGAUGUGACUUUGAAAACCAAAGGAAGAAAUAAGGGGGUGGAUAAGGUAGCCGGAGGAGAAGAAAAUGUACCUUCCGGAGGAGCAAUUCUUGAUAGUGGUUAUGGUUUCUUGUCAUUUGAGAAUGAUGCGAGAAAAUAUGGUUUUAUUGAUAGUGGCAAGGAAAGAGCUCUAUUGAGAAAGAACACUUCUAGGGAUGAGGAUAUCUCGGCCUCAAGAUUAGAUGGUGAGGCCAUGAAGGCUAGGGACCCAUCUAAGGCUGAUGACACCUCUAGGAAAGUUCUUGAUGACAUUAGACCCACUCAUGAUUUUGAGCAGUCUACUUCUACCAAAAAACAGGGGAGAAAUAAGGAGGAAGGCCUACAUGUGCAUGGUAGCUCUAGGGAUACGAGUGGUCCGAUAUACUCAUCACUAGGCGAGGCCUUGAGGGCUAAGAACCCUAGUGGGACCGUGACUACCCUUAGGGGCACCACUGGGAGUCUCACCUUUGAUCAACCUCUUGAUUUGAGCACACCAGAACCUCAACUUCCUUACCCUAAUGUGCCAAGAAAGGAAAAUAUGAAGAAGGGUGGGAAGAAAAAGAAGGUUGGUUUGAUGUCCGAAGUGCAUGAUAUUUUGAAGAAGGUCAAUGUCAAUAUUCCUUUAAUUGAGCUCAUUAGACAAAUACCAGUUUAUGCAAAAUUUCUAAAGGACUUGUGCACCCAUAAGAGGAAGAUAAAGAAUGAUGAGCGGUUUGAAAUUUGUGAGGAGGUUAGUGCUAUCUUGCAAAGACGGAUUCCCCCAAAACUCAAGGAUCCGGGGAGUUUUAAUAUCUCUUGCACUAUUGGUGAGAAAGUCUUUGAUAGAGCGUUGAUGGACCUUGGUUUAAGUGUUAACAUUAUUUCUUUUGAGAUUUUUCGAAAACUUGACCUUGGGCCUAUUAAAGCUACUCCUAUAUAUUUGCAACUUGCGGACCAGAGCAUCAUUAGAGCCAUAGGAGUUAUUGAAGAUGUGUUAAUCAAAGUUGACAAGUUCUACUUACCGGCGGAUUUGGUGGUAUUGGAUAUGGAUGAUGGAGCUCAUUGUGACAAGGAGAUACCUAUCAUUCUUGGUAGACCUUUUAUGGCGACUGCAGGAAUCAAAAUUAAUGUUCAAAAGGGCACUAUCAAAAUGAAGGUGUUGGGCGAAAAAGUAUUACUCAAGAGUCUUGAACCCAUUUAUCCUCCGGAGGUGGUAAAAAGUGUGCUUUCUAUUAACUUGGUCAAGGGCAAUGAAGCAAAGAGAGAUAGAAUUCUUGGCUCAUUGAACCAAGUCCCACACUACAACCGAGAGCCAUUGGUCUCUAAUUCUUCCUCUCCUUGCCAAGUGUUUGCAAUUUCUACUCUUGAUGAGAUAAAUGUGAAUGAGGAUCUCACAUUGAGUGAGGAGCAAAAGAAUCAAAUCAAGACAAUAGAGGAGAUUUGUGGAUUGAAAAAGAAGAAGAAGAAAUGGUAUCUUGAGUGGAACACUCCAGUGAACAUCAAGUUUCUUGCAUCAUCUUGUGGAGGUUCUAGUUCGACUAAGGCUUGUGUGGGUGGUGGUGGAAAGAAAGAGCCACCUUGAAGAGACUAAGUUCUAUAGACCGGCUUGGGGUCUUUAAAAACAAGCGCUUUUAGGGAGGCAACCCUAGGUAGUUUUGAAAUUUUCUUGUUUAUUUUGCAUCAAUAAGGCUAUUCAGCCAUCUUUUUGGGAGGAUGAGAGGUGUUCGGAGUUGGAAGUGUGAAGAAAGAAUGAAUGUGAUAGUGAGCAGUUUCUGUCCUCAAAAUUCAGUUGAAUUUGGGUGACUAUAGCUUCCAUUAUACAUGCUAUUUUGUGCUAAAAUUUCUGGAGCUAUUCUUUUAUAUGUAUACUAUCUUGUGCCAAAAUUUGAACCACUUUCAGUCACUGGAGCUCUAUUUAUUUAAUGGUCAAUGCAUGAAGUUCAGAACAGAGACAGCUACUGUAGAGUGAGUUUGGGAAGCUACACCUUCUACAUCCCAAGUAACUUGGAGCUAAAAAUUUUCAGAGAUGUGUCUUCAUAUGUCUUCUAUAUACAGGAGAAACAGUUUUUAAUUUGAACCUUCCUAGCUUCAGAUAUAGAGUUCCAAGUAACAGAGGUUAGAAACAGGGCACAGCAGAAACUGCAGAACAGAUCAGUGAGUUUGGAGGCCAACGAUUUUUGACUCAUGACAGAUUUUCAAGUGAAAUUUUACUGUAUGUAUUUUCAUGAGUCUACUUUCAUUUCCAGUUGGUCUCACCCUCUUUGCACCUCUAGAGCUUCAGAUAUUACAGUUUUGGUGACUGAGGGUCAGCAGAAGUCUUCAUGACAGAUUGGCAAUUUUGACCAGCUUUCGUUUCCAUCUAAGUUGGAGAUAGAUGGCUUACUUUAUAUGGAUAGAAAGCUCUCUGAGUCUACUUUCUAUUCCGAGUGGUCUUGCUUCUUUGUAUCUUUCUGAGUAUGAGAUAUGGGCAUGUGAAGACAGAAAGGUCAUUGCUGGAAGUUCUCUGCACUCACUGGUUUUGUUCACUCGGGUUGGUUGGACUUCUUCGCACUUCAUUUCAUCUUUGGAGGAUAAUCUAUGGCAGUUGUGAGUUAUUUUGGUGCGGCAAAGCCUAUGAUCUUAAUGGAGGAUCUUGUCCUUAUUCUUUGGUGGCUAUUUAUGACGCAUUGCUCUUGGACACUAUAUAUUUUUCAAUGGAGUUGAUCUUUUCAUGAGAACCUAGAGCUAUUAUGGAGUAUACGUAAAGGAAGUCAAGGCCUUGUGCCUUGAGGUUGGUGUCUCAUAUUAGUCUUCUCCAAGGGUCGUGAGCAAUGGAGGUUCUACAAAAGGGGUUUUCCGUAACUUUUCUCAGCAUUUAGAUUUUCAUUUUCAUAGUUAAUUUUGUGCCUUCGCCUGAACUUUACUCUCAUGCCUAAAUCCGACACGGAUUUUAGCUUUCGAGCUCACUUUACAACAUUGAGGACAAUGUUGGU